UAUCUGUCUGUUUCCCUGAAUAGUGCAUCCUGAAUGUGUAAAAAGUUGUGUAUUACUAUUAUGUGGUAGAAUAUAUUCUGUGUUUAAGGUCGUGUAUCUAAGUGUGUCUAAGUUAGGCAUUUAACCUUGAAAUAGUUCAAUCCAAAAAGUUAGUAGAAGUUUAAAUACAAAAUACGUACUGUGAGUGACUAUUAAGGGAUGUUAUCAUUGUAGUCAUUUGACGUUUCUAUACUGUUAUAACUUGACUCUGAAUGAACGGCUGCCCAACGCCAGUACCAGUUGGUUGUUCCCGUCUUGGCCAGGCAAUGCGACAAGAGGUGUGGGACACAUGCCCGUGCUGAUACCCUGUUUCUCCCUCUCUCACCACGCUGCCAAUGCUACUCACCAGUCUACGUUGGUGAGUGGGCCAGGUCGCAUGCCGUUCCUUAGCCCCAAGAUGUCCUCUAGGCUCACCUCCAUGUUCUACACUGUGGAGGUCGGUGACACCAAGUUCACCAUUCUCAAGCGAUACCAAAACCUGAAACCUAUAGGAUCUGGAGCUCAGGGAAUUGUUUGUGCUGCAUAUGACACAGUCACACAACAAAAUGUUGCCAUCAAGAAGCUUUCCAGGCCAUUCCAGAACGUAACUCAUGCAAAGCGAGCUUACCGCGAGUUCAAACUAAUGAAACUCGUCAAUCAUAAAAAUAUCAUUGGCCUGCUCAAUGCGUUCACACCUCAACGGUCGCUGGAAGAGUUCCAAGACGUGUAUCUUGUGAUGGAACUCAUGGAUGCCAACCUGUGUCAAGUCAUACAGAUGGACUUGGACCAUGAGAGAAUGUCUUAUCUGCUGUACCAGAUGCUGUGUGGCAUCAAGCAUUUACACUCAGCUGGCAUCAUACAUAGGGACCUGAAACCCAGCAAUAUAGUUGUGAAAUCAGACUGUACGUUGAAGAUCUUAGAUUUCGGCUUGGCCAGAACUGCUGGCACAACGUUUAUGAUGACUCCGUACGUGGUCACCAGAUAUUACAGGGCACCUGAGGUGAUCCUGGGUAUGGGCUACAAAGAGAACGUGGACAUCUGGUCUGUGGGCUGCAUCAUGGGGGAGAUGAUCCGUGGAGGAGUGCUCUUCCCAGGAACUGACCACAUUGACCAGUGGAACAAAAUCAUUGAACAACUUGGUACGCCCAGUGGAGAUUUUAUGAAGAGGUUACAACCGACUGUGAGGAACUAUGUUGAGAACCGGCCUCGGUAUCCAGGCUACCCCUUCGACCGACUCUUCCCCGACGUACUGUUCCCCUCCGACUCCUCAGAACAUAACAAACUUAAAGCCAGUCAAGCUAGGGAUUUGUUAUCUCGGAUGUUGGUGAUCGAUCCUGAGAAGCGGAUAUCCGUAGAUGAAGCCCUGCUGCAUCCUUACAUCAAUGUGUGGUACGACGAAGGGGAGGUUAACGCACCUGCGCCAGGCCCGUAUGACCACUCCGUGGACGAGAGGGAGCACACUGUAGAGCAAUGGAAGGAGUUGAUCUAUCAGGAGGUGAUGGAAUACGAGAUGAGUCACAACGCGAGUCGUACAACUCCCGAGGACUCUGACGCAGCCGCCCGUCGGUAGAACCACCAAAACCCGUUAAUUCCACCAUUCGUUUUUAAUUCAGGUUGUUAUUUGAUUAGGUUCGUUUCAUUCUGUAGGACUUGUACUGUACAAAGUGUAAGAAAACCCUCUGUAUUAUUAUUCACUCAACCAAAUUGGUUUGUAUCAUAAAUAUAAGCGUAUAUAAUGGUGUUAUAUAAGGUACGUUUCUUUAAACUGUGGGACAUUUUUAUGGUUUUUAAUUUUUCAUCGGAAUAUUAAUUAUUGACAAUUUUUUUUAAUUUUGGCAGUGGCUUUUGGUAGUUGAUUUAACAUUUUUAGUUAGACAUAGUGGUAGAUUACUAACUAAGAGUUUAUAACAACAUUGACAACGUUACUUAUUUUUCUAAAAUGUAUUGUUAUUGAUAACAACUACAAAAAUUUUGACAGCCCAAAAUUUUUUUUAAAAUUGACUUUUUAAUUAAUUUAACCAUUGUAUGAAUGUUUUGUUCCUUGAUAGUUUUAAAAUAAUUGAUCGACUGCAGUUGUUAUUACAUUUAUAGACAUAGAAUAGUAGAAAAAGACUCGUUUGGUGUGUGAUGCACAUAAUCAUAAGAAUUGCCAUUUGAUUCGAUAUAAUUUAUUAUGUUAUUAUUUUAACUAUUUUAGGGAGUAGUCAUAUUAAAUUAAUUUGAAUAUUAAUAUUUUAUAUAUUAGGUAAUAAAUUUAUUUUCUUUAGGUUAGCGGAUGUAACAUUCUUGUAUUUUAUAUAUAGUUUCUUUUGCAAACUAGCCAUUUAUGUAGUACCUGUCUUUUUUUCAAAGGAUUGUAAAACUAAUUUUACAAAAAUUAUAAAUCUAAAAUUAUUGCUGCUCAAGGAAAAUGAUAUUGUUAUUGUUAUACCGGGCUGAAAGGCAAUGCUGGAUGUUUAACAUUUUAUUAUAACCCUAAUUACUACUAACUGUAUCAAUAUCUGAACAAACUACGUUUGUGUAAUGUAAUAGUUUCUUUUUUAUCUAAACAAUUUGAUUCAGUGUUUGUUUUCUUCACCAAAUUAUUUAUUUCCUCAAGGAUAAGAUUUCUUGAAAUUGAAAAGGUGUGAUUUGAAAUAUAUAGACCCAGCUGGUCUGGGGCCUAAUAUUUUUACACUUUUAAACCACAAAUUGAAAUGUCCAUACAAAGGUAGGACUGGAUUUAUUCAACCAAUUAAUUCUCACAAAUUGACAUUAACAUUUUAGUUUUCGUUUUGCUGACUUGAUGAAAUAUCCAAUCAAAGACAGUGUGGUCGAGUCCUCAUCUUUGUUGUUAAGCAGUGAGAGUAUAGAUGCAAUCAGGUGUUAAGUUGCUGUACAAAAACUCGAUAAUAACUUGUACAGUUUUUUAACUUGUUGCGGGUGCAGUGUGUGGUGUUUGGACGUUAUUGUUACGAGUCCUUAGUACUACCAUUUUAUGUAAUUUAUACUGUAUUUAUACCGUUUGAAGCAGAGACACAGAUCUGCAGUCCGGUCCAUUUUGCCAGUACAGUAGAGUGUCGUGUGUAGUUCUUUCCUUCUAGCACCUUGUUCUUUUCUGUAAAUAUUCCACUAUCUCCUUUGUGAAUAAGUAUGUAUAGUCAUAGGCUAGAACUGCCGCAGGACACGAGUCACUGUUCCAAAUCGUAUGUGAUAGAAUCCUUUUAGGCAGACUCCAUUUUGUUGUGUGUGGGCGCAAGUUAGCGGUUUAUAAAGUAAUCAGUUUUCAAGGUCGACAUGCAGGUAUAUUGUCUUAUUGUAAUCACGUCUAUCAUUAUUCAACCAACCAAUAAAAUAUGAUUCUUAA